UGGAGGAGAACAUGGUCGAUGUUUACCACCCUGGGACCUGGCUGCUGUUCCUCUGGCCUCCACCAGGGCCGCUCCGCACUCUUUUGUUUGCGCUGGAGCAGUGCAGCGGUCGGACGGGGCUCUGCUGUUGUUGUGGACCGAAGCUAACUUUCUUCGACCGAGAUAUAAACCCGUUUGUUCUCUUCGCUGGCACGUCCUGCUAACAUCCAUGUUAGCAGCUAGCCUGUUCGUGUAAAUGCUUUUCACUAGAAUGGACCUGCUGAACUCUCAGUUCCUGGACAAGAUGAACAAUAACAUCGGGAGACUGCACUACGACGAUGAGUCCAGGACACCCCCCAUGCCCACUGCCAUGUCCAACAUAACUGGGCCCCCUCCUCACUGUCCAAGCAAACGGAAGUAUGGAGAAGAACAAAUGGACGACCGAAUAAACUGUGACGAAGACCACGUGAUCAAAAUGAGUAGAUUGUUUGCCACUCAGCUGGCCCGUCCUUCUGCUGGAGACAACCGCAAUGAGCACUGGAGUCACAGUCCUGUGGAGCAUGUUACAUCCUCUUCUAAUGGUCUCCAUGGGACCCACUUGUAUGCUUCCAUUUCUGGCUAUGCUGUAGACCAGCCUCUGCCUCUGACCAAAAGCAGCCAUGACAUUGGAGUUGUGGGCAGAGAGAGAUCUGUCAUCGGUGGGACUGUAGAGCGGCAGCAGAAUCGUCCCUCAGUUAUUACCUGUGCCCCAGCGAGCAACCGCAAUUGUAACCUCUCUCACUGCCACAUGAACGGCUGCUCUCCCAGCCCACCUGCUGAUCAGAGGAAGACCAAUGCCAACACAGUAUGUGACCCCGUGAUUGAGGAGCACUUCCGUCGCAGCCUUGGGAAAAACUACAAAGAAGCGGAGCCUGAGUCCAACUCGGUGUCCAUCACAGGUUCGGUCGAUGACCACUUUGCCAAAGCUCUGGGAGAUGCCUGGCUCCAAAUCAAGGCCAAGGGUGGGGGGCAUCAGACCCCAGAUGCAGACCCAUGAAGCAGAGGGGAGUAAACUUUACAAUCACCUUCUUUAGUCUUUGCUUCUUGCCAAGCAUCAACUUCCCUUAGAACAAUGUAAGAUGUGGUGCUGCCAGGCUGUUCACUUAUGGACGAUGAGAUUAACCUCUUAAACACUUUGGGGAAGUUUUUCAAUCAAAGAAGAGAAAGUAAAUAUUACAUACUGUAAUUGGAUUGACAAUGGUGGUUGUGGAAUUUAUACAAUCAUAGAUUUUACAGUUGGUUGUCAGCCCAUGUUCUGUUUUACCGGCCUUCCACUUGCCUUGAUAGCCAAAGAAAUCCCCUGCCUCUUCUAUCCACAUAUAAGCCAUAGAUCUGGUGUCAUCGUAUUCAUUCUAUAAACUCUCGCUUCUUGAAUCUAUAUUACUUGAAAAGGACAGCCAGGUCUCAUUUGCACUAUAACAUUCAGAACGGUUGGGUAGCAGGUCACCCGUUACAUUUGGAACUAAUGUGUUCCAGAACGCCCUGGUUUUGAAAUGGUCAUAAUGCAAUUAAGGCUCUGGUCCCUCUGCUUUCUGAACACACUCGACUAACCUUGUCUUCUUUAUGAUCCUAAACUGGACGUAUUCACUUUUGACUAAAUCAUUUUAGUUUCCUGUUUAUAUGCUCACUGUGGCUGAUUACUUAGUAAACUAAUAUCAAUCAAAGUACAUAUCCCUAACUAGAAAGCAUGUUUCAAAUAGCUGGUUUCUAUUACAAUCCUUAUUCUAUACUAUAUAUAUAUUUACUCAGAAUUUAUUUUUUAUCUGUAACAUGUUAGAAAUACUCACUGCUGGUACAGUUGUACUCAAUAUAUUUUUUUGUAUCUGGUUUUCAUUACUAUUUGUAGGUUUAUCUUAUUCAUCUACACAUCACAGCCUCUGGCAAGGUUGUCUGAAUGCAGUUUAAUAGGCUACAUUGCUUUGUUAUUCUGUGGAGCUGGAUGCUUUGUACACGACUGAAUACAGUGAAAUCUGACUUUCUACAGCACAGUCUGUAAGCAGUGGCUUUAUUUAUUCUCAGCACGUUGAUAUUUUUAUGUUGGCUAAAUUUUUAAGACAACAGGAUUCUUACUCUGAGUUAAUGAGAACAUAGUCUGUGUCCAUCGCUUCAGUGACAAUAAUCUAUUUUUAAAACUAUGGUUUUAAUGCAGAUUCAAUUAAAAUAGCACUCAGUAGAAAACAUAGGUCCACCAUGAAUUAUUUCCUGGGAAAUCUAAGGAAAUGUUCAACAAAGAAGCUGAGUAUAAAAUCAUCUGGAUCCACACCUAAAUUUCAUGAUUUAACUUCAUCAAGAUUCUUUUCUCAGUCCACGUCCCAUCCUUCUACAAAGUUUGAAAAGUCUUUCAGUAGUUUUUGUGUAAUCCUGCUGACAAACGAACAGACAGGGGCGUAAAUAGAACCUCCAUUGCAGAGGUAUUGUAAUAAGAAGUAGGACAAACAUUCCACCAUUGACUUGACUUCACGACUGCCUGACAUGCAUCAGUCAUUUCAGUCGUGUUAAUUAAAUACUGUUACAAACAUUUUUGUGUUUUUAGAUUAAUAUGUCAUGAUGAGAGCUGCAAAAAUCGUCCUUAUCGUGGACAAAAGGUGUCAGUGAGCCACAAUUAAUUUUUAAAUGCAGUUGAGAUUUAUUAGAAUUAAUUUCUCACCCUUUUGGAAGUUGUCUACUUAUAGUAGCUUAAUCUAUUUGUCAACACUGAUUAAGAUAGAGUAUUGUAAAUUCAGACUUUUGUAUGUCAAAAUAACUGUUUGUGAAAACCUAAACAUUUGUAUUAAUAUUUUACAGUUUUAAAAAAAAAUGUUACAUACACUAUCCUGUCUUUAUAUUUUGUUUUAGUCAUGUAAGACUAUCAUUGCGCCGCGCGGAAUGAUCAUAGAUAUUUUGUUUUCUAUUCAGAGUAGUGUAGCAUGGACGCUCAUUAUAUUCUAACCAUGCGUUCUGUCUUUCUAAACGUUGAUUAUUAUUAUCCCACAGUUAUCAGAUGAUUAAGUGCAGGAACACAACAGUCUGUUGAUCAAAGACUUCUCUUGGUGCAGCGUCUACACCAACAGUUUAAAGAGUGACUGUGUGUACCAUAGUGGAAUUUAGGGAUUAUUAUUAUGGGGAUCUGCUUGUUUGACACAAGUAGAUUUGUCUCAGUAAUAUGUUUGGGGGUAUUAGUCCGUUGUUAUUUAAUUGCUUUGUUUAGACUAUCUGUAUCACAGAGACUGUCAGCAGAAAGGACCUGCUCCAGGUGUCGUCCACAUGGAAAACACUUGUUCACUUUUGUUCUUUUUUCUCUGGAAGAAAAUGCCACUGUUUGUACUUAAUUUCUUCCAAAUAAACAUGCAAAUGAAAUGCCUACCAUCA